CGUCGGCAUAAGUAUUUUAACAAACUCUACGAUUUUGACGAAUUGCUACGUGUUACAGCUCUCUUAUCUGGUUUACCGCUAAGUACAUGAAUUCAUAAAGUAUAUUGCAAAUUAUCUUCGUAGUUGCAUUUUGCGUUUUCUUAAUAUGCUUCUUAUUCUCAUUCGUCAUCUCAUCUUGGCUGGACAAAAGUAUUUUGUCAGAACUUCAAUUAAUUUGCAUUGAUCUGCUGUUGAUAGAAAGCGAAACCAUUUUUACGGAUUAUCUCAGUUUAGAGAUUGUAAAUGCUGAUACAAAUAGUUUUCGUUCAAUAAUUUGUGAAAUAUGAGUAACCGAAAGGAAUUCAGUGAAUCUCUUAAAAAUGAAAUAAUAGUGAAGUUCAACUCUGGUUGAUUAUAGUAUAUUUCACGUCAGACAAUCUGCGAUCAAAAAACAAAUUUUAAAAAACCAACACUGCAAAAAACGCUACACGUUGUGGCAGACCACGAAAGACAACUGCCAAGGUAGACACUUAAUUUGCGGCAAUUUAAGCAGGAUGUCUUGAGAACUCCUCGAUCGGUUGCCAAUGCCUUGAAGGAAACAGGAAAUUUUGAUGUCAGUGAUCGGACAAUACGUAGACGUCUUAAGGAAACUGAUUUUGGAACAUAUAUUACCAGAGCUAUACUGCAAAUAGCACAGCGCAAUAAGUUAAAGCGCCUUGAGUUUUGAGAAGAUCUGCACACGGCGGCGCAGCAACAGCCAAGACGGAGAAAACCAACAGUAUUAACUACAAGCAGAUCAAUGAGUAACUAUAGAUACCAGAAUGAAGCUGGUGGUGGAGUGAGUGGCUACAGCGGUAUAGAGGUGCGCGACAUGCAUCCGCGGAUGAUGCAUCCGCACCACUUCACAUUUGUCAGCACUUGCGUGAAGUACAUGAUCUUCAUGCUAAAUUUCAUAUUCUGGCUAUUCGGUGGCCUUCUUCUGGGCAUCGGCAUCUACGCAUUCAAGGACAAGUGGGAACAGGCCAAUGGCGGGGUCAGGCUGGAAACCAUCUACGAUUGGAUACUCAACAUUUCGCUGGUGAUGAUCAUCACGGGAAUUGUCAUAUUUGUGGUAAGCUUUGCUGGCUGCCUCGGAGCGUUGCGCGAAAACACCUGCCUACUGAAGUUUUACUCCAUGUACCUGCUCCUUUUCUUUCUCAUGGAAAUGGCCAUUGCCAUCGUUUGCUUCGUCUUUCCCCAACUUAUGAACACAUUCCUGGAGAAGGAGUUCACAGAAACCAUUAUACACUCUUAUCGCGAUGAUCCCGAUCUGCAGAAUUUUGUAGACUUUGCCCAGCAAGAGUUCAAAUGCUGCGGACUUAGUAAUGCUGGCUACCAGGAUUGGGGUAAGAACGAGUACUUCAACUGCUCCUCACCGUCCGUGGAAAGGUGCGGGGUCCCCUAUAGCUGCUGCAUCAAUGCCACCGACAUCAGUUCGGGUCUAGUCAACAUUAUGUGCGGCUAUGGGGUGCAGGAGCACACUGUGGUAGCCGCCAGCAAGCUCAUCUGGACCAGCGCAUGCAUCGAAACCGUACGCGUCUGGGCUGAACGCAACCUGUAUGUGAUUGCUGGUAUUGCCCUGGGCAUUGCUCUCAUCCAGCUCCUUGUCAUAUAUCUGGCCAAGACACUUGAGGGUCAAAUCGAGCUGCAGAAGUCGCGAUGGGCGGCGUGA